UCUGAGCUCUAAAGGAGGCCGUGGUGGUGGCGGCGGAGGUGGUGGCGGAGGUGGCGGCGGCGGGGGGGCGGACUCACUGGUCGGACACGCUGGACGCGGAGCAGGACCCACGCAGCAGGGCCCACCACCAAGCCGACGCCGUGUUCUUGGUCUGUGGCUUCAACGCGAUGGAACCAGCCUUCGGCGAGGUGAACCAGCUGGGCGGCGUCUUCGUCAACGGUCGCCCGCUCCCCAACGCCAUCCGGCUCCGCAUCGUGGAGCUGGCCCAGCUCGGCAUCCGACCGUGCGACAUCAGCCGGCAGCUGCGCGUCUCGCACGGCUGCGUCAGCAAGAUCCUGGCGCGCUACAACGAAACCGGCUCCAUCCUACCGGGCGCCAUCGGGGGCAGCAAACCGCGGGUGACGACGCCCACAGUGGUGAAGCACAUACGGACGUACAAGCAACGCGACCCGGGGAUUUUUGCUUGGGAGAUCCGGGACAGGCUGCUCGCCGACGGCGUCUGCGAUAAAUUCAACCUCCCCUCCGUCAGCUCCAUCAGCAGGAUCCUGCGCAACAAGAUCGGUAAUCUGGCCCAGCAGAGUCCGUACGAGGCCGGGAAGCAGCCUCCGCAUCCGGCUCCGCAGCCCGCUUUGCCUUACAACCACUUGUACUCGUACCCGAGCUCCAAAGUGCCCACUCCCCCUGGCAUGCCCACGCUUCCCGGACACAUGGCCAUGCACCGGAUAUGGCCUUCGUCGCACUCCGUCACAGAUAUUCUGGGGAUCCGGUCCAUCACAGAGCAACAAAACGCGGAGUGGCUAGCCCACAGCGAGCAGCUAUGUCACGGGGCCCAGCAUCCCGGUCUACCGGCCGCCCACCCCAGCGCCAGCCUCCACGGGGUCCAGCGCCACCACGUCGGCCUGUGCGACCGGAGCCACAUGGCCGCAGGGCAGUGGCAGCUGUGACGUCAGUUGUGACGUCAUCCACCAUUGAGGGGGGGGGGGAUUUUUAUUUUCAUGAAGGACUGCAGGAUUUGAAACUUCAUGUCCUUGAAUGCACCAUGGAAUAACUAACCCGGCUUUUGGACACAGGUGGACCCAGAACUCAAUAAUUUCUUGCGCAUGCGCUGAACUCCACGCAUAUCCGCAACGGAAGAGAAGGGAAACCGUGCUUUUUUUUCUAUUAUGGUGCAUUUUUUUUUAAUUUUUAUUUUAAAAAACAAACAUAACGCAGCCCCCCCACCCCCCCACCCCCAUUCUGGUGUUUAAUAUUCUUAUUUAUUACAUGAAAAGGUACGUUGAAUGAAGUGCAAUUAGCCUGUUGACAAAUGUUGCACAAUGAAAUUGAAUGUAUGCUACAUGGAUUAAAUUGUUUGGUUAUUAAUGGA